GCUCGACGGUCAGUCUGCUCCAGUCUGCUCUUGGACGCCGCGCGAAUUCGGUCGUGUUGGACGGUGUUGGGUGCGUACGCUUAUGAAACGUCAACGAUACACAGUGUUUGCGUCGCCCUCACGCGUCACGCGUCACGCGCAUACCUGACUGCGAGACGUUCUCAAUCAAAUUAUUGGCUGUCAGCGACCGAGGCGCGAAGAGUUGAACAGCUGAACGUCGCGGUGCAUCGACGACGACGACGACGACGACGACGUCUAGAGAGUCUCUCUCGCGAGCAACGAUCAGCAGCGACAGCGAGCGCAACAUGGAUCGAUCGUCCAAGUUGAUUCUACGGAAGCUCAUCAUAGAUUUUCUCUGUCUAUUUGUUGUGGGCAUUUCGGUCCUGAUGUUCUUCCUAUUUGGUAAACCUUACAAACGCGGUUUCUUCUGCAACGAUGAGUCACUCUAUCAUCCAUAUCAUGACUCUACAGUUACGAGCGCGAUGUUGUACGUCAUCGGUCUUUUCCUUCCUAUAUGCACGAUGAUUAUAGGGGAGUACCUGCAUUGGAGACAUUUUUCCGAACACACAGCAAAUGUGCUUUUUGGAUACACCAUACCUCCGUGGCUGUGGAAUGCUUAUCAAAAGGUUGGUGUGUUCGGUUUCGGAGCAGCCUGUACCGUUUUAACCACGGACAUCGCCAAGUACAGCAUAGGUCGACUACGACCGCAUUUCAUGAAGCUUUGUGUACCUAAUGUUGAUUGCAACUUGUCCGAGAAUCAACAUAGAUAUAUCGAGGAUUUCCAUUGUACUGCAACGGGAGUCUCGGCCAAGCUGUUAAAGGAAGUCAGAUUGUCGUUUCCCUCCGGUCACUCAUCCUUCUCGGCCUACACCAUGAUCUAUCUUGCAAUGUAUCUUCAAUUAAGGAUAAAGUGGAAGGGCAGUAAACUGCUUAGACACUUCUUGCAACUUUUGUGCUUGCUCAUGGCCUGGUUUACCGCGAUGACACGAAUCUCCAAUUAUAAACAUCAUUGGAGUGACGUGCUCGCCGGAUCCAUCCUCGGUACAAUUAGCGCUUUAGUGAUGGUACACUGCAUAGCAAACCUCUUUAAGGAGCAGAAAGAGAGACGCUGCUCCAUAGAGAAACACCGAUCUACCGAUUACGAAGCGGAAGUUGGUGUCACUGGUACACAGUUGUCCCCGGAAAACUAAAAAAAGGUUCCUGGAUUUCUUAUAAAACAUCAAAUGAAAUUAGAUCUCGUUCGACGUUCGACUGCGUCUUCAGGACAGUCUUCUUCAGCCAGAAGUUUGUAGUGCUCGACAAGUUCUAAACCUUCAAGAAAUACUUUUCUAAUUUCGAGACAGUAAAUCAUUUUACACUAUUUUGGAACCGUUUCUUAAUUACACCAUAUUUCUACCGUACUUUUUUCUUAAAUUACAAGAUUUGAGCUUCGUCGAUGCUGCUACGGAUUCAUGAGAAGGAGAAGUAAGAAGAGGUAGAGUGCAAUGUAUAGCUAAAGCUUGCGAAUAUCUCCUAUUUUUUGUUGAGCUUUGUGAUUUAUUAUGUGAACGUAUGGAACGCGAUGCACUUUAGUUACAGCGAGAAGCAAUAAUUCUUUUACUUUGUGCCUUUAUCUCUUUGCCUUUAGUAAUGCUUGAAGAAUAGAUGUGUGUUUCUAGAAGCCUAUACUUGUGUCACAUCCUUCAUGAAAAGAAUCAUAUGUGUGCGUGUGUGCGUACGCGUAUGUGCGUGUACUAGAGAAAAUUAUAUAUAUAUAUAUAUAUCGCAAAGAAUCAGUUUGUUAAAUAGAAAUGAAAAAGAUUAUUUUUGUAGUCGGUAUUUACAGAGUUUUAGAUAAUAGUGAUUAUGUAUUUAUUACUUAUUGCGACAUAUUUAUUUUUAAUCUGACAAAUAGGGUGCUUUCAAUUCUUUUACGCUUAACGUAACGCAGACCGAUCGUCCACUGAAUAUUCUAUUAUGAGUAAUAGAAAUUCGCUAAUUAGAAAUUACAAUUUUAUGUUAUAUUAAUGCACGGUUUGUCCAAAAACUUCCGAGACUACUGGUUUAAAAUAUAAAUAGAAAAAAUUGUAAAAACUUUCUUUUACUUGUCAUGUUUUACAGUUUCCUUGUAAUUCAAUACAACGAUUACAACGUUCAUAUAACUUGGAAACUUUUUUUUUAUAGAGGGUUUCUUUUGAAAUUCUCUUUAAUUCUCGCGUCAUAUUAACUUGGAUAUCCUCUAAAUAGUCGUAGUGUGUUCCUCCUUUAUAUGAAUGAGUUCCGGAAACAGAAAAAAGUCAUAUAGAGCUAAUCAGCUGAAUAUGGAAAGUGAUGAAAGGAAGCACAGGAAUUUGUUUUCGUGUUAAAAACUGGGUCACGAUUCCAGCCAUGUGGGCGGCAAAAAAAAUCUUUUUUCUUCCAUUGGUCUGGUCAAACACAUUGAAUCCUUUUGCGAAGCUGAUCCAAUAUAUCCAGAUAGAAGUAAGAGUUUACAGUGCACACGGGAACAAUUUCUUGUAAAUAAGGUUUUGAACAGAGCGACUCUCGGCCCUCUUUGAAUCCUUUAAAUCACUCAAACACUUAAAUAUUUAUCACCGUAAGCAUUUUUCAUAUCCUCGAACGUUUUCGUAACUGUUUUUCCAAUUUUUAAAUUAUGUUAAUCAUUGUUCUUUUUAUUUCACAAUUACUUUUAUAAUACACCAAAAACUUCGAUAGUCUCGUUCUCAGCACAGAAUAAUGAUAGUCAGCUAAAUCUAACGUACAUUUACAAAGAAAUGAUAUUACUAAAAAUUUCACAAGUCUCCUAUGGAUGAAGCAACUAGUGUGUCUCGAAAAAAUUCAGUCCUGAAUUUUUUGGACAGACCGUGUAUAUAUUUUUAUCAUUAUUCAUUUAUAUAUCAUUGUUCACUUUGUUAUUCGAAUAGUUCGCUUGUUCAGUACGAUAAUCGAAAUGUGUUCAGUAUAUUCGAAAGAAUUUUGAAUGUACUCUGAGAAGACGAUCCUUUUUCUUUUAUACAAUCUUUCAAUUUUAUAAAAUCCAUCAUGUUUUACAUGUAUUGGUCUAUUCUGCAGAGCAGAUAAAUCGUAAUAAAAUCGUAGCCAGUUAAGAUGCA